AUGGCUAAGGUCUCGCCCCUUGCACAAGUCAGCUCCCCCAAGGCCUGGGUGCUCUGCCUGUCAGGGGCACACCCAGGGCCACCCGAGACGCCUGGUACCAGCCAGCCCGUCCACGCGAGGAGCCAGCCCAGCUCAAACCUGUUUCCUUGUCUGCCUUCUGGGCGUCUCCUGCGCUGCCGGCGGGUCUGUGCUAUUCUUGUCGGUGGCCCACCCUCCUGCCAAGUCAGGAAUAGGCACACGGAGGCUGGUGGAGGGUUUGCUGUUCUUCACCACCCGUCUUGGUGCCGGCUGAGCUGCCUCCUGGCAAAGCUUGGGAGAAGUGAAGCCUGCAUCUCCCACCUGUGGCCUCUCCUCCGCACUCACCUGCCCACCCCACAUUCCCACACCCCGGGCGCGCCCUCAAGACCCCAGUAG